CCACUCUUAGAAGUGUGGCUGGAUUUUCUCCUUCCUCUCUCUUUCAUCAUCACCAUCUGGGUCCCACUGCUUGGCACCCAACCAAGCCGAUGCCGCCCCAAUUGGCAGUACUGCACUGGCAUGUGACCAGUGACUCAGAUUCUGGCACUGCGGCAGAUGGAGAGCCGCCAAACUUGCUCAGGAUAACCCCUUGGCGACCACAGAGGGAGAGGGGUCAUGCGCACGGAAGGGCAGGCUGGGUGGAGAGCUCCAUGUUGGGAAGUGGCACACCAGGCUGCCCUUCCCAGGUGGACUAAAGCUGGCAUUCCCCACAGCCUUCCACCUCUGCUGGUCUCCGAACUGCACACUCGUCUCUUUCCACCUCCACUAGCCCCAGUAAGGGGAUUCAGAUGGCACUGGACUGUUUCUGAGCAGCUAGGCAAAGGAAUCCGGAGCACAGAGGGACAGGACAUCAUCUACAGCCACACCUGAAGCCAGUGGCUGUGGGCUUCUCUGGGCAGCUAGGGCAGGAAAAAAAAAUGCAGGGUGAAGAGGCCUGGGGGGAGACUUAACAGCUGUGCUGUUACUCAGACAUCCCGAAAAGAGUGGAGGGAGACCCUCCUCCGGCUCUGCUGUUAGGGAGUCACUGGGCUUUAUAUGUGUAUUUCCUGCUGGCUUGUGGUUGAGAUGAACUAGUCCCUUGUUGAAAUGUCCCUAGAAGGAUGAGAGGCAUUCUGGAACUGGAGAGGUGCGGUGUAGGGAAGACAAUGGUACCUAGGACUUCUACAGAGACUAAGAUUUUUAUGUUUAGGGAUUUCCUAAUGGUAUCCCAGAUAGGACCAAACUAAUUUCUGUCUUUGAAAUUUCCUCUUGGAAGGAGAACAAGGUCCAAUAGUGACUAUGAUAGAGAAGAUGCUUUGAAGGACAAUCUCCAGUACCUGUGGUGACACACACCAGCCCCUGAAAAAUCUUAACCUUAAAAUGCCCUCUGCAAGAGUCUUCAGUAGCACUGGAUUUCCCUAAUUCCUGGGUAGGCAGAGGCUGUAGGCCAGCAGUCUGGAAGAUCUGGAGAAAAAGAUCUGCAGCUUUGGGUAAAGUCAAAGGGGAGACUAAUGGUUCUCAGCGAUAAGGCCUGCUCGUGGGAAGUAAGCGGAGGUGGGGGCGUGGGCGGAGGUGUUGCCCAUGCUGGGCAGAGCUGCGCUGGGCUGGGGGAGUUCUGAUUUUAACAUCUCUGGAAGUGGAUGGCAGCUUCAGAAGAAGCAAGGUUUCCACGGGAGAAGAGAAAGCUGGAGGUCUUCCGUCAACACGGUAACAUGGCCCAGGGCUUGAUUGAAGUGGAGCGAAAGUUUGUCCCAGGGCCUGACACGGAGGAAAGGCUGCAGGAGUUGGGGGGCAUCCUGGAGCACCGGGUCACCUUCCGGGACACCUACUAUGAUACUUCUGAGCUAAGCCUUAUGCGGUCUGACCACUGGCUGCGACAGCGAGAAGGUAGUGGAUGGGAGCUCAAAUGCCCUGGAGGAGCGGGUAUCUCAGGACCCCACAAUGAGUAUGUGGAACUCACAUCGGAAUCGGCGAUUGUGGCCCAGCUCUUUGAACUGCUGGGGGCUGGGGAGCUGGAGGCUGCAGGUGUGCCUGCCGUCUUGGGUCCCCUGAAGCUGCAGGAAGUAGCUAGUUUUAUAACUACACGAAGUUCCUGGAAGCUGGCCUUAUCUGGAGCCCAUGGACAGGAGGAGCCACUGCUCAGAGUGGAUCUGGAUUCGACAGACUUCGGCUAUGCUGUGGGUGAGGUGGAGGCCAUGGUUCGUGAGAAGGCUGAAGUAGGAGCUGCCCUAGAGAAGAUCUUGAGCUUCAGCAGCAAGCUUGGUGAGGGAGACGACAGGCCCUUCUGUGCUCGGCAGCAUGCUUGGAGUGCCAGCCCAGGAGAAGGCACCCGCCAAGCUCAUGGUGUACCUACAGCUCUUCAGGCCUCUGGACUAUCAGCGCCUGCUGGAAGCGAACAGUUCCGAGGAAGCCACAGGGGACUCAGCGUCCUGACAGCAGCUGACGGGAGCAGGGUUCACUUUCUAGGAGGGAAGGGGACUCUCGGCAGCCGCCAUCCACACCCGGACCCACUGUGCCCCUGCCCUCACCACAGGGCCGCUUUUGUCUCCAGUCCUGCCUGGUCUUUGCCCCCCUUCUCAGCUCCCCUGCCUCGAGCCCUCCCUCACCGCUUCCCUCAUCCGUCAGAUGCAAUCUGUGGGCCGCCCCUCUCCCCUGGCCGCUAAGCAGCCUCCAUUGAUUUCCGCUCGUGUUUAUAGGAUUUCCACUUAGCCGUGAUCAGUAGUUAAGCACAGGAAAAUCCCUUGCCACCCCCCCCUCCCGUGGUCGAUGCCAUUGAUUCUGCCAGCAGCUCUGAAGCCGCCUUACAGCUGAGUUAGAGAUGCGGGGAAGCGGCAGGGAUUUCCCUGCCUCGGGGUGUAGGGAAUAGCAACAAGGUGGGGAAAUGGUUGGGAACUUGUGUUGGAAAUCUGGAAAUUCUGCUGGGUCUGUCACUGUGACCAGAGGGUGGCCUGCCCUGUGUGGCAGUUUAGAGAUAAGUUUUGCUCUCCAGCCCCGAGAGGGGUAGAAAGAAAAUCGUCACUGUUGAGACAUGUUCCUGGGGUUUCAGGAAGUUAUCCUUCUGUGGAGAAGGCUCUACCCUUGUUUCUACGCAUUUUCUUUCUCACUAGGUCGAAAUAUGCCUUUCUGCCCACCUCAGGUUUCAUAGGCUUUCAUUAUUUGUCGGGCAGGAGGCAGUCUCUUCAGAUUGUGGUGACAAAUUCAGGGCCAGAGUGCCACCUGCUGUCAGCCCUCAGGGCUGUGUUCCCAGCUGAGGGUGCAGAAAGAUUUCAGGUGAGCCGUGGCAGUUAGGAGGCAGGCUAGUUUAGGCCCCAGCUUAGCAACCUGGAACUCCGCUUGGUUUGAGCUGUACACGCCUCUCGUCUGACAACGCACUUGGCAUCCUCGGAGCCUCACCUGUAUGUGCUGUGUGCACACAUCCUUCCAACAACGCACCUAGGCCCCCCACCUGCACUCAGUUACAUUUAUGUCCCACUUCAGACAAUGGAAUAAGCCUCUCCUCCCCCAGCAGGCAUAGAAACUCUCCCCUUCGGUGGACAGUUUUUAUUCAAACAUUUUAGAACAUACCCGAGUAUGGAAAAUAGGAGGCUGAUUGGAUCAAGACGGGUUUUGGGUACAAGCAGGGUAAGGUAGACCAUGUCCUUUGGGUGAACUUUUAAGGCAAAUCUUCUGUUUACCAUCCUGUGCCUAUGUAGAAUGAGCAUAUGAGUAAAAAUCAGAUGCAUCAUGGGAGGGGUCAUGCACAGUGAAGAAAGGCUUACAGAAUCCAAGCCUGUCAAUCAAAAUAGAGAACCAUUCAAAUCAUGCCACUUGGCAAUGACCUCCUCCUUCCCGUAAGGCCAGGAAAUCAUAGCAGCACCAGGCAGUGACGUGAGUCCUGUGGCCGCUGCUCUUCACAGUGUAUUCUGAUUUGUACUACCACUUCGCUUUUGAAUAAAGUUGCCUUGCGACUCGCAA